AUGAACUCAGGAAUCGCUGACUGGGUUGGUGAGAAAGCGAGCGGCGGAUUACUGCAUGGCAACGAAGUCCUGAAAACAGAGACGACAGCAGAGGGAAUUGCGAAGAUUGCUGCCAAUGGAAACUCCGUGGAGCGCAUAGCAUUCACAGGGGCUGUUGUUGGGGGUGUAUCUGAGCUUGUGCAACCGGUUGUGCAGCCUAUUGAGAUCGGCAUGGACAAAUAUCGAAAUCACCGUUUUGACCAAACAUAUGGAUGUAACAACCCAUCCCGGACUGGAAGGAUGCGGAAAUUCUUUCGCAAGUAUGAACAACGCUUCCGCGAUUCUGUCCUCCACUGA